AUGGAGAAGAGGUUUUCAGAUAUAGAAUGUCUUGAGGUAGUGGCAGUCAAAGGUUCAGAGUGGGGGUCGGUGCUGAAUGUUGAGGAUAAAAGUUGGGAUAGUGAUGGAUGGGGCAACUUGCCAGGUUUGAAGGUCCAGAACUCACCCAGUAGAGGAGCUUCGUCUAGUGGCUGGGGUAGCUGGGGUAGGAGUAAAGCAAGUGACAAUAAUGAGGGUGGUGGAGGUGGCACUGAUGGUUGGGGGAAUGACAAGGCUAGUGGAGGCAAUGGGAGUGGUUCCGGGGAGGCUGGGAGUAGUGGUCCUUGUAAAGGCGGUUGCGUUGGAAGUGGAAGUGGAAGUGGUAGUAGGGAGAAUAAAAGCAAUGCUGAUGGAGAUGUUGCCUGGGAUGCGGCAUGCUCGAAGGGGAAUGUUGCUUCAGAGGUUGCCAAUACAGGAUGGGGUUUUGGCAAAAGUAAUACCACAUUUUCUGGUGGUGGAAAUGGAUGGUCUGGUGGUGGUAGUGGAGGUUGGUGA